AUUGAACGAAAUUAAGAUGGCCGUUAUUAUGUCAAAAUUUGCGUUCGAUGAGUAAACUAUUGUACGCAUUUUAUAAGAAUAAAAAUCUUCGUUUUUGACACAAACAAAGCCAAUUCAAUCGUCCAGUUUGCUUUCCACAAAGAAACUACCGAACAGCAUAAAAUGAGGCGCAAAAGCGAUCGUGUAAAGACACCAGUUGCGGCUAGCCCUGCUAAACGUUCUUCACGGCGUUCGAAACGUUCCGCUUCGGACACCGAAGAAAAACCUCAAAAUUCAGAUAACGAACAAUCCGAACAAAACUCCGGCUCCGAACAAGAUUCGGAUCAUCAGCCAGUUGCGAAAAAUCGAAGAAAACUGAGUCGAAACACCAAAGUGACAAAUGAAGAGAAACCCGUUCGAUCGAGACGCGGUAGACCGGCAAAAAAUAUUGAAACGGUUACUGAAGAAGAUGAGGAAGCGGAAACGGCUCAACAAAGUGCUGUGACAACGGAAGAAAACAGUAUUGAGGCCGAAAAACAGAAGUCACCGUCUCCGGAACCUGUGAAGGUGCAGUCUCCGGAACCAGUAAAAAUACAGUCUCCGGAACCUGUCAGAGUACAGUCUCCGGAACCUGUAAAACUACAGUCUCCGGAACCAGUAGACGUGAAGUCCCCUGAACCGGUAAAGGCAAAGACACCCGAACCUGUAAGAGUGAAUACUCCAGAAGCAACAACGGUGAAGUCUCCAGAGCCAGUCACAAUGAAAUCACCGGUAAAAGUAACCGCAAAGGAAUCAACACCAGAGCCUGUUCCAGUUGCCGAAGAGGUUACAUCUUCGGAGCCGGCUGUCGUCGAAGCAAAAGCAAACGCUGAAUCGGUUGAUUGUCUCGUUGAAACUGAUGCGGCUAAACAAACAGAGCAAAAUAAUGGUUCGAGUGAAGAGGCAGGUGAUAAAACCGAAGAAUCUACAGGUGAAGAAAGCAGAACAAGAUCUAAGGCAAAAGAGCAACCAACUGGCCGACGGAAGCAUAGGAAACCAUCAUCAGAAAACGUUGAUUUACAACCAACUGAAGUUGUUAAAGAGAGCCAAAGGAAACGCCGAAACCGUUUUAGUUCGCCUGUAAAUGAACCAGACAAUCAAAUUCAGAGGGACGAAGUAGAAGAAACGAGUAAAGUGGCCGAAGACACAACUGACGUCGCACCAAUCAAUUCGAAAUCAUCCGAACCAGAGGUCCCUAAAGACGUAGAUAAGUCACAAGAUGGUGACGGUAGAAAGUCUCGUGGUGAAAAGGAAAACAAAGAAAAGAGAAAAUCGGAUGAGAGAACAGUGUCGAGUGAAAAGAAACAAAAACCGAUACGCAAACGAAAAUGGCUAACGCAAAAGAGCACCGAACCGAAGCCACAAAUUCUUGCUAUUUCAACCGAUUCCUUGAAAAACUUAAUAUCAGACGUAAAGCCCGUACCUUUAAGUGACGUCAAACUGGAAUCGUCGCCCGAACCAGAGGAAGUGGAAAUCGUUCCCAAGAACGAUACAGCCAGGUCAACUUCAAGCGAUUUACGCGAUCGUUCACAUCGUAACAAAGAGCAUCGCAACGAAUCGAAACCGGACAAAAAGCAUGACGAAAAUGCUUCGAUGACGUCGAAUCGGAAAAUUUCAAUUGUCAGCGAUGAUACGACAACAGUGCAACGGCCGCCCAGCCCUCCCAAAUUCAGUUCGUCAAACAUUUUAUUCAUAACAAAUUUGGUGCGUCCGUUUACCGUACUGCAACUGAAGGGUUUGCUGGCUCGGACGGGAAAAAUUGUGGACGACGGAUUUUGGAUCGACAAAAUCAAAUCGAAAUGCUACGUCAAAUACGAGACGGAGGAUGAGGCAAUUGAAACUCGACAUGCUCUACACGGAGUACGAUGGCCGGCUUCGAAUCCAAAGUGUCUUAACGUCGACUUUGGCUCGGAGAAAAGUAUGGACAAAGCGAUUGCUUCAACAAGCGAACAACCUUCAAAAGAAGGUGUAGCAGCAGCUCGUGAGGAACGCGUAUCUGGUGGCUGGGAUCGGUUUGAAGUGGAUGAACGAAAGGAACCGGCAGCGACAACACGACCGAUGCGUGAAUGGGACGUGGGCAAAAAGGAGGACCUGGGAAGGGAACGAGAAAAAGAACGCGAACGGGAUCGAGGAGAUCGGAAUCGGGACAGAGACCGGCAACGCGAACAUCCAAAGGAAGCACGAGAAGCAGAUCGCCUGGAGCGGCGUAAACGAUCACCAGACAUCACUCAUUCAGUUUCGCCUGCGCGAAAAUUCCAUAAGAAAGAGAACGAACCACCGAUCCGGCUACUUGACGAUUUGUUCAGAAAGACCAAAACAACUCCUUGUGUGUAUUGGCUGCCGUUAACUUCUGAACAGAUCGCACUGAAGGAAGAGGAACGACGAAAACAGCAAGCCGAGCAAAAGCGUCGCAUCGAGCAACGUGAAAAGGAGCGCAAUGAACGGAAUGAAAGAGAUCGCGAACGAGACAGAAAUAGAGGUGACCGGGACCGUAGCGAUCGUCGUCGUUACUAAAGGAAUGACAAACGAAAACCGAAAACAGGAGAGUUAAGAAAAGUUCAAAUUGAGUCUUGUAAUAUUUUUGAGGAUCAAAGGAUGAUUGUAUUGGAUGUCAGCACACCCAGACACACAGUCACGCGCGUCUGUGAAGGAAAACCAAAAAUUAAAAAAAAAGAAAAAAAAACUUAAACUCAACAGCACUGGUGUGACAUCAGCUGAAAUGGUCUGUGGAUACUUUUUCUAUUCUUUUCUUAAUUUUAAACGUUUUUUUUGUUGAAUUUUUUCUCCUUACAAUUUUUCCUGCAAAAAAUGAAUUUUGAUUUAUUCGAGAGUCAAAUAUUUUCUAGUUUUCGUUGCGGUCAUAUCACCUGCGUCAACCCACUAAAAUUUGAACAUCCUCUCUCAUUCAUUCAUUUUUCAUUUAAAUUAAUUUUGAUUUUCUUCUUCAACCACUUACCUUAUACGAUUCAUUGCCAUCAAGCAGCAAGCGAUUUUUCUCUCUCUUUCGCGUCUAGGGUCCGGGUCUUAAUAGUUUUAUGUUUGAGUCCACAAAUCGUGUACUGACCACGAUGAACAGCCGCAAACAAUACAAACAAACUAAAAAAAACAAAUUCUAAUUAAAAUAAAAUAAUUUUUAAUUAUUUUGCAAACCUUUUGUCAUCACAACCCACGAUAUAUAAACAUAAUGUCCUACAGGUCAUCAAUAUUCUUAUUUAAAGUUAUUUUUAUCAGAGGCAGAAUGCUACUUCUCCUUCAUCCAAACAACCGAUACGUUGCGAAUACCAUCCCAACAAUAUAAAAAAAGAGAACACACACAUCAACCGACGAAUCGGUUAUCCGAACCGUACGACGAGACAGAGAAAAAACAGAGGAAGCGGAUAUAGUUCAUUCGAAAAACUUUGAUACCCUUCGCUACCGAACGAGUCAAUUUUUUCGUUUUGUUGUUUUUGAUGCACACAUUGAGAGUGCAAUGACAGCAAAAUGUUACGGAUCAACAAUGGAAAAGCUUAAUGGGCCGUUACAUCUCCAGUGCGUUAAACAUUGGACAGAACCGUUAACAAAUAAUUGAACGAGUAUAUUGAGAAUAAUGACAUUCUAUUGCAAAAGCAGUUGACGAACUAACAAAAGUGUUCUGACCUGUACAUACGUUCCAUCAAACCAUCAAAUGAAUUGAUGUAUGUGGCUCAUCAUAUAAAUCCCAAUGUACAUCCACGGAAUAAACAGCAUCUAAGGAUUCACCAAAAUCAACAACUUCGGCUGCACCACACACAGAUUUCAAUUUUAUUUUUUUUCAACUUUUCCACAUGGAAAUAUCCUUAGCCCCUAAAAUAUUAUUUGUAAGACCGCCUAUGUUACACAUAUAAUCAUAGCACCUAACUAAAUACUAAAUACUAAGCAAAAUAAAUUGAUUCUUUCGACGAUUUA